AUGUCUAAGAGAAAAACCAAAGCCGCAUCACUUUUGGAUUUAUGGCAGAAGCAAGUGGUUAAAGUAAAGACUUCUUCAGAGAUUAUCACAUUGGGUGACGAUAGUCUAAAAGAUUGUACUGAAGCUUCUAGCUGUUCGAGUACACCCAAACAAACUGAAAAUAAAUGUCAAACAUUCUCCAGAACGCCGACCAGCUUUUAUUCCUCCCACCGAAGUACCCCCGGUUCUAACAAGGUUUUGAAAUUAAAGAAACAUGAUCUUGCUGGUCUCGUUCUUGAUGAAACUAAUGCAAGUACUAUAGUCUUCCCUAUUAAAGAGCACAUCCGUUGUUAUGAGUUUAAUCUUGUGAAAUCUUGUAUAGCUUUGAAUACGUGUAUAUGCCUUCCAUUCAACGUUUCGACGAAUUUUAUAAUAUCCACAGUAUUCAUCAAUUUUUCGAGAUGGUUUCCGGAUUCUAAGUUAGUGUAUUGUUAUACAACUGUAGAAGAAGGACAAGACUUUGUUGAAAUAUGUAAAGCCAAUAAUAUCUCUAAUGCUGAUAUUACUCUGAUACCUGUCUAUCAGAAUUUCAAGAAGCUAAUUGCUAAAAAUGCUAGAAUUAUUGUAACUUCCGUACAGUGUAUGAUAAAAGUGGUUGAGAACGAGCCCGAAUUCUGUAAUAAAAUUCAGUGUUUGGCCCUACAGAUGGACGCAGGAGAAUCCGUAAUGAAACAAAAAAAAAUAGUCGGUCCAUUGGUGACUUCUGGAAUUACUUUCAGAAUAAUAGUUUCUCUACCGUCUUCCCCUGAUGGAUCAAGGCGCACAUCGUCGAUUUCGAGGAGACAGCAGUUAAUAACAUCCCUUCUUGUAUCACAGUGGGAGGAACUCUCGGGAUUGGAUAGGCUUUUUAGAUGUGAUGCUGUUCCUUUGGGUUUAAGUUCUGUUGUAUGGAAUGGAUCCGAUUUAUCUUCCGAAGUCAAGUAUAUCAUGGAAAAUCUGUGCGAGAUUCUGAAACCACUUCUGCAGAAUCUGCAAGAUCAUUUUCAUGUUUCAACUGAGGAGAUAUCGGAGAUUUUCAAUUUCAGAUUUGACUUAUUUGGUGAUUCGAUUCCAAGCAGUAUGCGGAAAGACUUUGAUCUUGGAAUGUUUUUCUUUGAAGUCUACCGAUAUAUAUAUUUAUUUGGGCCAAGAGCUUUGUGGCUUUUUAUGACAGAUUUUCUUAACAAUGAACUAAACUGCGAAAAAGCUGAACAAAUUCAGCUAUUUAUCUUAUCCACCAAGAAAAUAUCUCGUAUUUUCGAUCAAAUUCAGAAUGAUUACUCUAAUUUCAUAGAUGCACCUACCAACGGGCAAAAAGUUCUAAAGAGCCAUAUCAAGUUUCUUUUAAUCCGUGACCAACUUAUUUCUUGGAUAAAUUCUGGGAUUCCCACAAAUGGUGUGAUUCUUUGUCACGACAUGGCGACUGCGAGGUGUAUCACCGAAUCACUUAUAGGUCUAGAGAAUGCUACAGUGCGUCUGGUAUCAGAUGAAGCUUAUGGUCUUAAUAUUCCAAACAUAAGCGUACUACCAAUAACUCGGAUAUCGGGAAUAUUCCAUGAGAGUAAAAACGUUAUAAUUGUUUUGCCACUAAGUUUAUCUGGGAGCUUAUCAGCUCUAGACACUUUCACAUCAAAUGGACUGAGAUUCGUCAUUGCUACAGAAAGGAGAUCUAUUUGUUUAUUGGAGCAUGAUGUAGCAAAUAAUCUCGCAUUCCUUGAUGAAUCCUUCGAAAAAUUGAGAUCCUCUGAUGGGAGGUUAGCGCGUAAAGCUCAAGAACCUGCGGCUCGCAGAAGUUUGGUAGGCAGGGAAGGCGUCGUGAAUAGAUAUGAUUUCAAGUUCGAGGAGAGCCGGUUGGUUUUAAGCCCUGAUCUUUUCACAGUCGUUCCUCUGAAUAACAAAACGUGCGAAGAGGUCACAGAAACAAAAAAAAUAGCGAAGCGAAAGUUAACUGAGGCCAAACCUGAGCACAAAGCUAAUGAAUAUUUGAGCGAAGGAGAAAUGCAAGAGUAUCAACAGUUUGUCGGUUAUGAUGCAGUUCCCAAGUAUGGAGAGUUUUCAAAAAGACGUGCAUUAGGAGUAGUGUAUCCCGUAGGCUCUUAUUCAAACAUUACUUUUCAAGCUUGGUCUUUUUUUAAUCGACAGGAUAAGUUUCCAAUGAAGACUCUUGUGGGAGAAACUCUAAUUCGAAUUCUAAGAGAUGAAGAAAGCAAUGUUAUGAAGAAACGCCGUAACUUCAAUUACGACACAUCUUCAAUUGAUAAAGAAAAAAUACAAAUGUACAAAACUUUAAUAGAUGAGCUGAACGUUUACUGGAAUAAAGUUUAG